GACAAGGUUCCUGACGAAGAAGACAAGGUUUCUGACGUUGACGACAAUGUUCCUGACGUUGAGGACAAGGUUUCUGACGCUGACGACAAGGUUCCUGACGCUGAGGACAAGGUUCCUGACGCUGACAACAAGGCUCCUGACGCUGAGGACAAGGUUCCUGACGCUGAGGACAAGGUUCCUGACGCUGAGAACAAGGUUCCUGACGCUGAGGACAAGGUACCUGACGCUGAGGACAUGGUUCCUGACGCUGAGGACAAGGUUCCUGACGCUGAGGCAGGAAUAGAACCUGCGAUACAAGUGCAGUGCUCUAACGAACUAAGCUACAGAGUCCAGUUGUCGACCUCUAACAACCUGUCGAGCUCUAACCACAUGUUCAUGUAUAAAAAAUAGGGUACUGCUAUGUUUUAGGUUGUGGGGUAAAUAUCGAGAUUUUCUCACUCAUUCACUCAUUCAUAAUUUAUUUUAGCAUCACGAACCUUGUCCUCAGCGUCAGCAACCUUGUCCUCAGCGUCAGGAACCUUCUCCUCAGCAUCAGGAACCUUGUCCUCAGCGUCAGGGACCUUGUCCUCAGCGUCAGGAACCUUGUCCUCAGCGUCACGGACCUUGUCCCCAGCGUCAGGAACCUUGUCCUCAGCGUCAGAAACCUUAG